UUUUUCGGGCGUUUUCUCCACCCUGUCGCCGGUCCCGUCGCCAUGGCGGCGGUUCUACGUCGAGUGAGGCCUGUUCUCCAAGCGCCUUGGCGCGUAGCGGCCUGGCACCUGCCCCAUUGUGGCGCUCGUCAGGAGCGGUGCUUCUCCGACUUCAUCACCGCCUCCGACGAAGGCACUGGGAGGCUGCGCUUGGCCUUCGCCGCAGCGUGCCUGCCUCAUCCGGAGAAGGUGGAGAAAGGCGGCGAAGAUGGCUACUUUGCCUGUCCCGCGCGGCGUGCCUUUGGUGUGGCGGACGGUGUGGGCGGCUGGGCCGACAAUGGCGUUGACCCUGGCCUCUUUGCACGUCGCCUCUUACAGCUCUGUCUCGAGGGCAUUGAAGAGCAAAGCGACCUUCACGAGGCACUCCUGGAAGCCACACAACGGAUUCUGAAAGAAAAGUUGGAAGGUGGCUCGACUGCUCUCCUGGGACAACUCGAUGGCUCCACGAUGGGCAUCUUGAACUUGGGCGAUUCAGGCGCCAUGCUCCUGCGCCCGGCCUUGCGCACGCCGCCCCAAUCCGACUCCCCGCUGCUCUUCCCGCGCGUGGUGUUUCGGUCCUGCGACCAGACGCACUAUUUCAAUUGCCCCUACCAGCUGGGCAGUGGCAACGCACCUGUGGAGGCUCCGGACUUCAUCCGCGUGCGGGUGCGGAUCGGCGAUCUGGUGGUGGCCGCCACUGAUGGUGUCUUCGACAAUUUGUUCGAUCACCAGGUUCAAGCCAUUGUGGCGCAACAGCUCGGGAAAGCUUGGAGUCAAGGCGCACCUGUCACGCCGCACUUGAACGGUUUGGCGACGAGCAUCGCCAAACAGGCUCAACGAAUCGGUCAACAGGAAGAUCAUAAGGACAUCAUCACACCCUUCGCGUUGGCAGCCCACUCGGAGGGCUUGUCCUUCCGCGGGGGUAAGUUGGACGACACGACAGUGGUGGUUGGCCUUGUUUGCAGUGAUACUGGAGAAGGAGGACCAGGAGAUCAGGCUCUCCUAAACAACUUCUGAGAGGAAGCAUCAGCGGCUGUGUCACCCUCGCCGCAAGGCGUGGACGAUAUCAAUUGUAGCCAUUUGCAGUACCUACAGAAGCUGCGCGUAGCGCAGCGGAGAGCGCUCCAGAGCGGAGAAAGAAGAC